UACUCAUGCAUAAUGUCGCAGCUCUCCAUAAUGUCGUCCCUAUAUAACGAUAUUGAAAAAUCUCCCCUAAGCUUCUAUAUAUAUAUGAUCAAUCCUAUAGAAUAACUAGCCAUGGCAAAAGAUACAUAUUUAAAAAAGAUCUUAGGAGGAGAUCAGUAUGAAAGAGUUAGGAAUUCCAAAGUUUUAAUGGUAGGAGCAGGAGGAAUUGGGUGUGAAUUAUUAAAAGAUUUAGUAUUAACUGGAUACGGACAAAUUCAUAUAGUAGAUUUAGAUACUAUAACACUUUCAAAUUUAAAUAGACAAUUUUUAUUUAGAAGAACAGAUAUAGAUAAAUCAAAAUCAUUAACAGUUGCUAAUGCAGUUCAAUCAUUUAAUUAUCUUAAUACAAAAUUAAUUCCUCAUCAUGGUAAUAUUAUGGAUAGUAAACAAUUUCCAAUUCAUUGGUGGAAUCAAUUUGAUUAUAUAUUUAAUGCAUUAGAUAAUCUUGAAGCAAGACGUCAUGUAAAUAAGAUGUGUUUAUUCUUAAAAAAACCAUUAAUGGAAAGUGGAACUACCGGAUUUGAAGGACAAAUUCAACCUAUCUUUCCUUAUUAUAGUGAAUGCUUUGAUUGUCAAGCUAAAGAAACUCCUAAAACAUAUCCAGUUUGUACUAUCAGAUCAACCCCUUCUUCACCUGUUCAUUGUAUAACGUGGGCCAAAGAGUUUUUAUUCCAUCAAUUAUUUGAUGAAGCAGAUCAAGUAGGAGUAAAUGAUGCAGAAAAGAUUGCAGGAGAAACUGAUGAUAAAGAAGAACAAGCUAAUUUAGCUAAAGAAGCUAAUGAAUUAAUCGAACUAAGAAAUCUGAUAAAUUCCAAAGAUUCAAAUGGAUUUAUUAAUGAACUUAUAGAGAAAAUAUUCAAAGUUGAUAUUGAAAGAUUAUUACUUAUUGAAACAUUAUGGAAGGCUAGAACCAAACCAAUUCCCUUACCAUAUGAUGAAUAUAAACUGCAAUUAGAAGAACUUGUAAAUAAUCCUUUAAGUGAAUCUAUUUUAAAGAAUGAAACUAAGGUAUGGUCUGUAUUAGAAAACUUGUAUGUGUUGUAUAAAUCAAGUGUAGCAUUACAAACAAGAAUAAAUGGAGGAGAACCAUUUAUUACAUUUGAUAAAGAUGAUGAAGAUACACUUGAUUUUGUUGUAUCAUCAGCAAAUUUAAGAUCAUCUAUUUUUCAUAUUGAAACUAAAUCAAAAUUUGAUAUUAAACAAAUUGCUGGUAAUAUAAUUCCUGCAAUUGCAACAACCAAUGCCAUUAUUUCAGGAUUUUCAUGUUUAGGAGGUACCAGUUAUUUCAAGCAUGACCCUAAAUCCAUUGGCCAAAAUUAUUCAAGUUUAAUGGAAGAUUCUAGGACUGUGUAUAUAAGUAUCAGACCUAAUAAAUAUAUUACAUCUGCUUUACUUUCAGAACCAAAUCCAAAAUGUGCCAGUUCAUCGAUAUCCAGAGGAGUAUUAGAAAUUAAUGAAAAUGAUCUUAAAUCAAAAAGCUUGAGCUGGUUGGUUAAUAGUUUAAUUGAUAUGUAUGGUUAUGAAGAAGAAGGCUUAUCGAUUUCAUUAGGUCAAUCCAAAUUGAUAUACGAUGUAGAUUUCAAUGAUAAUCUUGAUACAAUUUUAUCCAAUAUUAAUGGAUUCAAAGAUGGAGAACUUAUCCUUAUUCAAGAUGAUGAUGAUGUAUUUGAGAAUCUUGAACUAUACAUAACUGUCAAGAAAGAUCAACCUACAGAAUUGCCUGAUAUUAAGCUUGGUAAAAAGAUUUUCGAAAAGGAAGAAGAAGAUGAAGAUGAUGAAGAAGAUAAAGAGGAUUAUUCUAUGGAAGAAAUCAAUGCUGGAGACACUAUUAUCAUUGAUGAUGGUGAUGAGAUCGAAUUGAUAGAUGAAGAAAUUGAGCCAGCUUAUAAAAAAAGAAAAGUUGAUAAUUAGCAUACUUAUACUUAUAUACUUAUAUACUUAUAAUAUACUUAUUUAGAUGCCUAUUUAUAUUUAUAUAUAUAUUUAUAAUACUCGUCUAGGA